ACCAGCUGCGAUUGUCAUCUCAGGUAUCGACAUUCUCACACCCACACAUGAAUGCAUCUCUCGACACGGCUGCCCAUCACACGAGCAUUGUCCGCCGCCGAUCCUUUCUGUACACGGCAGCAACGUCUCUCAUCCAUCCAUCCAUCCAUUCUGUCUGUCAGCCCGUCAGUCGCUGUGUGGGUGCUCCCACGUGCAGCCGUUGUGUGGAUGGCCCUUGCCCGUUGCCUCGCGGAUGCUGGCCUCGGUGGCUAGGAGGAUGUCGAACACGGGCAGCCCGCCAGGGAUGAACGCACCGCCGCCCAUCGUCGGCACCUUCUUCUCCUUCACGAUUAACGCAUACUCCAGCACGUCCUACAGACACGCAAGACAGAGAGAUAUGCACACCUACCUACGCGGGUCUGUCAGUAUGGUCACUCACCAUGCCGUAGAGGGACAUGUCGUCGAGGACGAAGCCCGCAUUGCCGUGCCUCAGCUUGGUCUCGAACUCGGUCAUCUUCUUGUCCAGCGUCGCCGCCCACUGCACACAACUCACGCGUGACGUGACACAUACGUGCACACGGACGUGCCUGUGUUUACAUACCAGGCCCUUGGUGGUGGGAUGGUUGGCUGUGAGGCCCAUCUGUCUGACGGUGUCGGUCAGCUCCUCGAUGCCCUUGUCCUCCAGCUUCUUGACAUACCGGUACAGCGUCUUGAUCGGAUGCAGCACGUGGUGCACGUUCUUGGUCACCUGCAGACAGGCAGGGAGACCACACCAUACAGUGGGGUGUGACGCGGCGCCCACCCACCUACCUACCUCUGAUGUGAAUCUGAUGUCGACAAUAUGUCCUCCCUUGGCGGCCUCGAUCAUCACAUCUCCUCGGAGGUUGCCAUCGGUGAAGUUGGAAUGAUGGCCGGUAGUCAUGUUGACACGGGAGUGGUGGAAUUUGAGGAGGUCGCACACCUCACGGUGGCUCUCCCAGUCCGCCUCCUGACACACCUGAAGCCAGGAAGGACGAAAGGACACACGAUUGGACUGCUGUAUGGCCAUGUAUGGUAUGUGGUCGUGUUGACAGUUGACCUCCGAACAGUACGUCGCAUGCAGACAGUGGAUGCAUCGCUGAACACAGACACACACAACCACAACAGCCAUCCAUCCAUCCCUUUUUGUGUCUCCUCCAUCCUCCCUCCCUCCCUCCCUCCCGUGUCUCACCAUGUGUGCCUUCUUGCCGCAGACGGUGCAUCUGGUGGCGGGCGGCAGACCACCGGGCGGCACCGAGGUGAGGGGGACGAAGGGAGUGUCUUUGUACCCCUUCAGCUCCUCCGUCUCCUCGGUCUCCACACCCAGCAACUUCAACAUAGUCAAGCACGACUGACACCCAGCACUGCAUGGUCCACGUGUGGAUGGAUAGGUGCAAGUCUCUCUUCGCACCUCAUUCGAGCAUGUUUUGAUGUGGAGGUACUUCUCUCGGCCGUCGGCUUGCGUCAACACCUUCAAAUGGCCCUGCAGGGUACAAUGAAUCGAAGCGUGUGAGCGCAUUCACACAGGCAAUAUUGUCUGACCGUGACGGCUGGGCCCGAGCAGAAGUCGCAUUUCAUGCUGGCCCAUGGUGACGACUGGGCGGCGGAGGGGGCAGUGUUGGUGUUGGUGGGGGUGGCCUGAUUGUGUGCAGCAGCGAGUGUCUUGCACGCCUUCUUGUGGCCCAGGUCACGCCAAUCGACCAGCUGACACUCCUACAUGGACACAAGAAAGAAGACAACCCACCCAGGUCUCCAUCCAUCCAUCUCUGUCGUCCGUGUGUGUUCCACUGCUGACCUUGGAGCAGUACACACGCCGGUAGCAGCUCCCGCAACGCUGAAAUCGACACAAGGCAACAGCCAUGUGCUCUUUCUCCCCCUAUUCUCCUCCUCUCUCUCUCUUGUCGACACCUUCGGCUGUGUUGCCCUCUUGGAGCAGACGUCACAUACCGAUGUAGUCGACACACCACCACCACCACCAGCAGAUGGGGUCGGCUGCUCCUUGUGUGCCGCAGGUGUGUUCUUGAUGCGGUCGAGGGCCUCAUUGGCGGGCUGCUGGUGCUGUUCGAAACAACGCUGAAUGAGCAAACCCCAACAUACACACAAAUGGCGGUUAUAUGCCUGCGUGUUGUGUAUACGUCGGAGCACAUGUAGAAGUAGUCGAAUGCGAUGCGGCCGCCAAACUGACACAUACCGAAGCGCAACUGACACACAAACAAAGAUGAACCAGGCACGAGGGUCAGCCGAUGGCGAAGGUGGCUUGGUGGCUCACCUUGUUGGUCUUCUUUCCACACUGGUCACACACCUUCUGCCUGUCCAUCUGCUUGUCCAUCGAGCUGAGCUGCGCCGCGCACUCCUGCACGGACAGGCCCAUGACAAGGACAACUGCAAUGACACCCUCUCGCCUCCUCUCCUCCGGCCGACGGCCUCUCGCUUGCCUUGGAGCAAAAGUGGACGGGCAUACUGACCUUCUUACCAAACAACGUCACCGCCAUCUGACCAGCCUGCAUGAGCAGAUCAAUGGAUACGGAGAGGAGCCCUGGCCGGUCCUGUGGUUGGUUGAACGUACCAUGGUAGCCUUCUUCUUGCAGACGUAGCACUCCAUGCCAGCAGCAGCCGCAGAGCUGCUGGACUGGCGCUGCUGCUUGCGCUUGGACGUUUUCGCUCGCUGCAUCGUCAGGAGAUGCACGAAACAACAAAAAUGAUGGGGAAAAG